CAUGCAUGCGAGCAGGCUCUGAGGGAGUUACGACCGGAUAUUGAGCUGGAUAUGAAUGUGCUGCCGUCAUCCGAAGCCAAGAAACUUGCAACUUAUGGAUUUUAUGCCCCACUGACGAACGCAUCUGAGGGAGCACGACGAAAAGGAUAUGCAACAUGCAACUCUCUCCAUGAUUACUUCCUUCGUCUGUGCAGGGAGCGAGAGUAUUAUAAGAGACAGAAAAUCGACCCUCAGUUUGAGUUCACUGAACUGCCACUGAACGAAUCGGACACCAAACAUCAAAAAAGAUUCAGGCAAGCUUUGGUUAAAGUUUUCAACGUGCCGGCGCAUCAGCUACGAAUGGUGGAACGUCGUGCCAUGAAUCUUAAGCCAGGCAAACCAAUGCAGUUUUUUAGAACAAUUUGUGGCUUACCGCAAGACAACAAGCAAAAAGCUAAGGAUUCGGCCUGUGAACGAGUACUGAUCCAAGAGCUUGGCCUAGUUAUGCCAUACGAAGAUGAUUCGAUGAAACGAGCAGCUGCGGUCCUUUCGCCACCGUAUGCGCUACAUCAGUUGAUGGUAAAGCAAAAUCGUAAGAAGCUGCCGGAUAUUGUGUAUGAUGAGCCGGAGGAUAUCAGUGAAGCACCAAAUAAACCGCCGAUGUUCAAAUGCACCUUAACCGUAAAUGGAACCGAACGAUUCGAAGGUACUGGACAAUCGAAGAAGGCAGCAAAAAGUGCAGCAGCAGAGCAAGCCUUGACAAAACUGUUCAAGUUCGAUUUGUCCUCGGAACAUGCACUAGAAAUGUUAUCAAUCAAAAAAUCGAAACGUGAGGAAGAGAUGGCGCUUUGCGCUGAGAUCUGUUCUAUUGUGCUUAUUGCUCCGGACGGUGAAAAAAAGAUGGUAGCGCUUGGAGCUGGUCGCCAUGCCGUUAUUGAUGGUCAAAUUCUGUCCAAUGCACAUGGUAAUGUGCUGGUCCAUAUGCAAGGGAACAAGUUUGAACGACCUUGGUAA